GUAGCUAUAGUUAGUUCUAAAUAUGCCGAAGUGGGAGUAAAGAGCAGCACAUGUCAAUAAAAGCCUUGAAGAAUGAGUAGUUAUAUUCUGAUCUUCGAAGUAGUUAAUAGUUAAAAUUAAUGCUUCGUUUCAGCAGAUACAGCUGAAUUAGUAUAAUUUUCUUUCCAUGUGUUUUUAAAGCACUUGAGUAAGCUUACACCAAACUUUACCACACUGCAUAGCAUAUUCUAUAAGUGUCGCCUUCGUUUUCACAGGUGUAUGUUCAUGGGAGAUAUAAUUUAAAACCUAAAAUCGUAAUGGCUCAAGCAGAGGAGAGUUUUGAACAGUUUGAAGAGGAAGAAGCAGAAGCACCUCUUGGAGCAACCCUUUCAGGACGUAAACGACUCUUUUCUAAAGAACUGCGAUGUAUGAUGUAUGGAUUUGGGGAUGAUCAAAAUCCAUACACAGAAAGUGUAGACCUAUUGGAAGACCUUGUUAUUGAAUUUAUCACAGAAAUGACUCACAAGGCUAUGGAGAUUGGGCGAACAGGAAGGGUCCAAGUAGAGGAUAUUGUAUUCCUUGUUCGCAAAGAUUCUCGCAAGUAUGCAAGAGUCAAAGAUCUUCUCACCAUGAAUGAAGAACUGAAGAAAGCUAGGAAGGCAUUUGAUGAAGUGAAAUAUGCAGGAAUUCCAAAUUAAUGUACUUUACCUCUGUAAAAUUCAUUGUAAUAUGUUUUCAGAACACCUGUAACUAAUAUUUCAAAUAUGUUGUGUGUUGGAUACAACAAUAAAUUACAUAGUAAUAUUUUUAAA